GGCUAGACAGUCGCGCGCCUGUCCGGACUACCGAGGCGAAGGGAGGGGAGAGGAGGCGAAGGCGGCCUGGGAUGAACGCGAGACGCCGACGUCAGAGCAUACUCGGCGGGGCCACGUAGUGGGUCGCCCGUCGGUCGGCACCCCUUUUCCCCAUACAUCGCGGUUCAUCCAUCUCUUGUUAGAGCCUACGAGUGGCAGAAGAGGUGCGUUUGCGGCGGAUCGUAAAGGAGCCCACUCGGAGGACAGAGGCAAUGCUCAGUUGAUGGCUCUUCAAGCGCUGAUGGCAGUUCCAUGUGUCCUUUUGCCUUCGUCUGCCCUUCCCUUGGAGGACCGCGCCGCUGUGCAGGAAGCGGAAGUGAAACACCAAGGAUUAUAGCUUCAUCAAAGACUUUUAUGGAGCCACAGAAUGUAUGUCUUUCCAACUUGGUUUCCCAUCCUGACCAGCAUGGAUGCUCUGUUUGAAUCCGGCUGACUGUCCCUCACCUCAUCCCGUCCUUUCCAAAGAGGAAGGGCGGGGGUCUGGUGCAGCGCCCCCUGCCCUUCCUUUCUUGUAGGGCGGCUUCAUAAGGUAUUCCUUUAGGCGUUCCCUCUUCAUGAAAUCCUGCCAGAGCCUCAAGGAGGAGGUUUCCGUCCCUUCCCUGGGCGGUAUGUCACAGGAGGAGGGACGCAGCAGGGCACAGGUGACCCAGUCCUACUAUAACACCCCGAACCUGGAUGUGGACCCGACGGGUAAACUGUACAAAAGAGAGGGAGGCGGCAAGCCUUACUCGGUGUUAGUGGACAACAAAAUGGCCUCCAAGGCGUCGGCGGGAGAGCUCAGCGUUGGCGUUCAGCAGCAGUAUUUCGGAGAGGGUGGGGCAGGGCAGGAAGUGCACACACAUGGCACACAAGUCACUGGUGACGUCACCUCAGAGGAGAUGGAGGAGGAUGAUGACGACGAAGAAGAGGAUGGCGGAGAGGAAGGUGGGUUCAAGCGCGAACAGAUCAUCGUUGAAGUCAACCUCAACAAUCAGACCCUCCACGUGUCCAAGGGGGACAGCAAAGGUGGAACCGCAGGGGACGACUCCGAGAGAGCCGGUAGUGAGGAGGAGGACGAGGAAGAGGACAGCCACGAUGAGGAUGAUGAGGAGGAGGAGGAUGACGACGAGGAAGAGGAGAUUGAAAGUCACAGAGCGAGAUCAAAGAGGACCCACCGGGGAGGCCCGGCUUCCGGCCAACUGCAGAGGAAAAGCCUCCGCGCGGCUCUGAGCUCGCAGUCCUCCGGGAUGACCACCAGGGGGCGGCGGAAGCACGCGGAGCCGCCCAAGAUCCAGCGGCGAUCAGCCAGGUCGGCCCCGCCCUUGUCCGCCGGCGCCGUGGCGGGAGCCAAAGCCGAGGCGGAGGAGAAGGAAAUGCUGGCGUGCGAGAAGUGCCCGCGGGUGUUCAACACGCGCUGGUACCUGGAGAAGCACAUGAACGUGACGCACAGGCGGAUGCAGAUCUGCGACAAGUGCGGCAAGAAGUUUGUCCUGGAGAGCGAGCUGGCCUUGCACCAGCAGACCGACUGCGAGAAGAACAUCCAGUGUGUCUCCUGCAACAAGUCCUUCAAGAAGCUGUGGUCGCUGCACGAACACAUCAAGAUCGUGCACGGCUACGCAGAGAAAAAGUUUUCGUGCGAGACCUGUGAGAAGAAGUUUUACACCAUGGCUCACGUGCGCAAGCACAUGGUCGCUCACACCAAGGACAUGCCGUUCACCUGCGAGACCUGCGGCAAGUCCUUUAAACGCAGCAUGUCCCUCAAAGUCCACUCGCUCCAGCAUUCUGGGGAGAAGCCCUUUCGUUGCGAGAACUGUGACGAGCGGUUCCAGUACAAGUACCAGCUGCGCUCCCACAUGAGCAUUCACAUCGGACACAAGCAGUUCAUGUGCCAGUGGUGCGGCAAAGACUUCAACAUGAAACAGUAUUUUGACGAGCACAUGAAAACUCAUACAGGAGAGAAGCCUUUCAUCUGCGAGAUCUGUGGCAAGAGCUUCACCAGCCGGCCCAACAUGAAGCGCCACCGCCGCACCCACACGGGCGAGAAGCCGUACCCCUGCGACGUGUGCGGCCAACGCUUCCGCUUCUCCAAUAUGCUCAAGGCUCACAAGGAGAAGUGCUUCCGGGUCACCAGCCCCGUGGUCCUGCAGACUAGCGGCCCGCACGUGCCUGUCGGAAUCUUUGCUAGCACCUUCUGCGCCACCACCACCACCACUUCUUUGUCUUCUCCUGGCCCCGGACCCUCCGGCGCCACCACGCCCACUGCCAACAAUGCGGCCCCCCUGGCCCUCAGCCCACCGGGGGCGUCCUUGCCCCCACGAGGCCCUUUGGGACACACCUUCUCCCACGCGCAGAUCCACUCGGCCUCCCCUCACCACCACCACCACCACCACCACCACCCCCAGCAGCACCUCUCAAACGCGCCCCAACCCAACCUCCACACCCACCACCACCUGGCCGUACCCCCGGUCUCCCACCUGCCCCCUCCCCCGGCCCUUUUUAAGAGUGAGCCCCUGAACCACUGUGGGCAUGAAGACAGCACCUACCUGCACCACAUGGCCCCCGCUGACAAGGGUCCCGGCGCUCCUCAACAUCACUGACUCACAAGCCCCACCAUUUUCCCCACACGGCCACCGCCUCAGUCUCUUAGACCCUGACAUAAACACACCCGUGGAUGGCGCUCUCACAGGUAGACCACAUAUUUAGCAUAAAUGUGUCUUCACUCAGACUACUCAAACUGGAAUCUUGAUUAUAAUUUUUUUUUUUACCAAGUAGAGCCUUGUUUCCACUAAAUGGUACCAUUCCGUUCAUUACUUUGCACAUUCAAAGCUCUUUUCUUUUACUAGUAUUACAUUUUCAGUACCGAUCGCAAAGAUGUGACAUGAUUUGUUUGUAUAAUUGCUCAACUGAGAGUUGCCUCUUGGAAUAUAAGGAGGUAUUUACACUAGGGGUGUCCCGAUUCGAUACUAAUAUUGGAUAUUUCUGAUAUCAGCUAAAAACAAAACAAGUAUUGGAUGAUAUCGGCUUGCAUCUAAACUCUCCGAUACAAGCAGUCCUGCAAGUGUUUACUGGACAGCCAGUUAACAUCUAAAAGUGCUCCAAAAAGUACACAAAGUUGUUUUUGUGUAUUAUUUCAGUCAAGUCAUUUACAAAAUGUAAACAUUGUAGGCUAUAGGCUACUAGAAGCAAGCAGCUACACAACAGCUAAGCACACAAGCGAGACAGACAUACGUAAUAAUUAACGGAACAAUAUUUCAGUCAAUAUUAACAAGUAUCAAAUAAUUAUAGUGGCAUAUUACUUACACAUCAGGGUUAAAGCGUAUUUGAAAGUAUCCAGUAUAGGGCUGCGACUAACGAUUAAUUUGAUAAUCGAUUAAUCUGUCGAUUAUUACUUCGAUUAAUCGAUUAAUAAUCGGAUAAAAGAGACAAACUACAUUUCUAUCCUAUGCAGUAUUUUAUUGAAAAAAAACAGCAUACUGGCACCAUACUUAUUUUGAUUAUUGUUUUUCAGCUGUUAAUAAAUGUUGCAGUUUAUAAAUAAAGGUUUAUUAAAAGAAAAUUAAAUAACAUUUUUAAUUAAAAAAACAAAACUGUGCAUAGCAUAGAUCCAACGAAUCGAUGACUAAAAUAAUCGGCAACUAUUUUAUUAAUCGAUUUAAUCGAUUAGUUGUUGCAGCCCUAAUCCAGUAUCAAACGUGUUCGCAUCAUUCAACUUACUGCAUCAUGAGCUUAACUUAAUAAAUUAUCGUGACCACUAUGUGUCACAAAAACACCUUACCACUCUACUUUAAAAGCAUAAAUACGUCAUAAGAUUAAUGUUUUUCAUACUUGCUAUUGUUCUGAGUAAUUUCACCUGAUCAAUACUUGUAUAACAUUUCACACUACAAAAUUAUUAAAGUAUCUACUAUGAAUCGUGCUGGUAUCGGCCAAUAUUCAAGGCUCCAAUAUCGUAUCCGAACUGAAAAAGUUGAAUUGGCACACCCCUAAUUUACACAAGUAUUUUUGGAGGUGCAAACUUUCUCUUUUUUUUUUUAAAGUGGUUGCAUUAUUUUUUGCAUCUAAACGUUUAAAAAUGCUGGGGUGACAAUGACAGUGAAUUAUUACGUUCUAAAAUAUUUCCUUUUCCGCACCUUUUUGUCAGGCAAUUGGUUGUAAUAAUAGGGUACAAUUUAGGGCGGACUUAAACUACUAUCCAUUGAUUGGUCAACAGAGAAUUACCAAUUGGUGAUUGGUAGGGACUGUUUACACAAGACGAAAACCAGAUUUAAAAACUGUCGUUUUUCACAGAUUUUUUUUUUUUUAGAGGCGCAAAGUUUUGAAAUCGUCUAAAUUGAAAACUGUUUUUCCUGCGAAAAAGAAUAUUGGACAUGAAUCUCUGCAAAAACAAAGAAUAUUUACAUCUCAACAUGAUGGAAACAAAGUACCAUCAAAAAUGUUGUCUGUUGUUGUUUGCUUGUUUAACGAUAUCAAAAUUGCACCGUAUGAAAUUGCCGCGGUAGAGUCAUCUUUUAUCGCGGUUGAAUCGAAAUCUAUAAAAUUUCAUUAUUAAUAAAUGUUAUAUUUUCAUUUAAAAAAACAAAACUAUUUCAUUUAAAAAACUGUUCAUGACCUCCUAAAUAUGUUUUGCUUUUAACAUAAGAGCCUUCUAAACAGGAAAUAAAAGCAAUAUAGUCGUUACACCUGUUUUACCCAAUUUACCGUAUUUUUCUGAUUCUAAGUCGCUCUGGAGUAUAAAUCGCACCGGCCAAAAAUGCAUAAUAAAGAAGGAAAAAAACAUAAGUCGCACUAGAGUGUAAGUCGCAUUUUUAGGGGACAUUUUUACAGUAUAUGAUUUCCUUUUCGGUGCCAUUUUUGUUCAGCCCUUCUCAGUUUUUAUAAGUUACCGCCAAUAUUGAAAUGAUCAAUUUUCAUAGGUACGGAAGUAGUAGCAGGUAGCAUCUUUUUUUUUCACAAUGCACUUCUGCCAUCCCCCGCCAAAUUUUUAUUGGUUGACGUUUGUGUGUGUGACGAUUGCUGAUAUACGCCUAGCCUCUUACGUGAAUGAGAUAAAUAAUAAUAUUUGAUAUUUUACGGUAAUGUGUUAAUAAUUUCACACAUAAGUCGCUCCAGAGUAUAAGUCGCACCCAUUUAGCUUGUCCUCGUCCUUGUAAGAAUAAUAGUUUAUUUACCGCCAUGGAGGCGAAGAGUGCUGACUUAAAGGGAAACUGCACUUUUUUUUAAAAUUUUGCCUAUCGUUCACAAUUAGAGAUGUAUGAUAAUAUCGGCUGAUAAAUGCUUUAAAAUGAAAUAUCGGAAAUUAUCGUAUCGGGUUUUUCUAAUCAUCGGUAUCGUUUUUGUUUUGUUUUUGUUUUUGUUUUUUUAAUUAAAUCAACAUAAAAAACACAAGAUACACUUACAAUUAGUACACUAACCCAAAAAACCUCCCUCCCCCAUUCACACAAAAGGGUUGUUUCUUUCUGUUAUUAAUAUUCUGGUUCCUACAUUAUAUAUCAAUAUAUAUCAAUACAGUCUGCAAGGGAUACAGUCCGUAAGCACACAUGAUUGUGCGUGCUGCUGGUCCACUAAUAGUACUAACCUUUAACAGUUAAUUUUACUUAUUUUCAUUAUUACUAGUUUCUGUUUAACUGUUUUUAUAUUUUUACUUUCUUUUUUUAUUCAAGAAAAUGUUUUUAAUUUAUUUAUCUUAUUUUAUUUUAUUAAUUUUUAAAAAAAGGACCUUAUCUUCACCAUACCUGGUUGUCCAAAUUAGGCUUAAUAAUGUGUUAAUUCCAUGACUGUAUAUAUCGGUAUCGGUUGAUAUCGGUAUUGGUUGAUAUCGGUAUCGGUAAUUAAGAGUUGGACAAUAUCGGAUAUCGGCAAAAAGCGAUUAUCGGACAUCCCUAUUCACAAUCAUUAUGAAAGACAUGACGACGGAUGGAUUUUGUUUUUAUUUCAUUUUAAAUAGCAAAUAAAUGCGAUCAAAAGUCUGCUUACAAUGGAGCUUAUGGGAGGCCCUAAAAAACAUCCAAACACCUCCUUUAAGGUUUUAUAUACAUGUUGUAAGUAUAUAUGUAAUCUGGUAACGGCCACAUUUAUAAUAACAUUUAAUAUUUACGUAUUUUGAUUCUUUUAAGCACACACAGCGCAUUCAUUUAAAAAACUUAUCGCCUUAGCUUUUUGCUUUUUUCUUCAUCACUGCUCACUGCAGACUUUAUGACAGCCAACACACAUAAUAAAACAUCACUUACUGUACAAUGUCUUCUGUCGUUAGAGGGCCGACUGCUGGGAUGUUCAUAUAUUCCCAUUGAGAUUAAAAAAGUCUCAUAAUCCUCGCGAAGAAACGAGGCGGGGGUGGAACAAGCGCUUUUUGUAUGGUUCUUGCCAGUCCGAGUGUCCCAACUUGUCAGAUUUUAUCCUCAGCCAUCCACUUUUCAGGUGAGAUGCAUAAAUCAUGAUCGACAGUAAAUUUACAGGGAGCAAGGAAGUGAGGGAAACAGCAGACCACUCGAUGAUGUAAACAUAGGGACACAUGGUAGUUAUCACGUCGUCGCUGUAAAUAGUUUGUCUGCGUCAGCGCUUAUAAUAACAAUAUCACUAAUACUUGGCUAAUAUUCAAGUCAUGAAAUGUAAAUGGGAGUAUUGUUCGUGCUUUUUGAAUGGUUAUUUAUUGGGUUUUCUGGGCGGAAUAGUGGAGCCCCCAUUGACUUUUAUUCACGUUUAUUUAAUAUUUAGAAUGCGUUAAAAAACCAAAAAUACAUCCGUCGUGUCUUUUACCGUGAUUGUGAAUGAUGGAUAGGCAAAAUUCCCCAAAAAGUUCAGUUCCCCUUUACACACAGCUUUACACUGUGGAGGGGCGUUAGCUGUCAGCGAGGAUGCUACAUUGAACGUAUAGCUUUUAUAGUUUUUAAUUUUCCUGAGGGAAUUCUCCUGAAGGAAUCAAUAAAGUACCAUCUAGCUACAAUGUGUCAUCACAAUUAGAGAUGUCCGAUAUCAGAAAUGAUCGAUAUCAGUAUCGUUUUUUUUGGUUUUGUUUUUUUAAUUAAAUCAGCAUAAAAAACACAAGAUACACUUACAAUUAGUGCACCAACCCAAAAAACCUCCCUCCCCCAUUUACACUCAUUCACACAAAAGGGUUGUUUCUUUCUGUUAUUAAUAUUCUGGUUCCUACAAUAUAUAUCAAUACAGUCUGCAAGGGAUACAGUCCGUAAGCACACAUGAUUGUGCGUGCUGCUGGUCCACUAAUAGUACUAACCUUUAACAGUUAAUUUUACUCAUUUUCAUUCAUGACUAGUUUCUAUGUAAUGUAUAUGUACAAAUUCCAAGCUGCUGUUUUGAGGCAUGUUAAAAAAAAAAAAAAAGCACUUUGUGACUUCAAUAAUAAAUAUGGCAGUGCCAUGUUGGCAUUUUUUUCCAUAACUUGAGUUGAUUUAUUUUGGAAAACCUUGUUACAUUGUUUAAUGCAUCCAGCGGGGCAUCACAACAAAAUUAGGCAUAAUAAUGUGUUCAUUCCACGACUGUAUGUAUCGGUAUCGGUAAUUAAGAGUUGGACAAUAUCGGAUGUCGGCAAAAAAGCCAUUAUCGGACAUCUCUAAUCACAAUGCAUUAUCAUAAUAUAAUUAUAGUAUUAAAAUUUAUAUCAUGUAAAUCAGACCUGGGCAAAUUAAGGCCGGGGGCCACAUGCGGCCCGUUGAGCUUUUCAAUCUGGCCCGCCGGACAUUCCCAAAUAUUUUUUUUAGUUCUUUAAGAUGGAAACUGAGCUGCCAUUAUGAUGUGCACUCAUGUUUUCUAAUGACUGUAAGUCUUCAACUAUACUAAGUCUUUCAAUGCUUGGAAUCUGCAUCAUGUACUAGUUACUAUGGUCAUCUAAUUAGUUACUAUGGUAAUCUAAUUAGUUACUAUGGUCAUUUAAUUAGUUACUAUGGUAAUGUACGUCACAGCAGCUCAGACGAGGCACCAAGCAGUGUGGGCGGGAAGCGUUUCCACAGACGCAGAAGGAGAUUUUCUAAAGUUUAGUGAUAUAUAGAAUAGAAUAGAAAGUACUUUAUUGAUCCCUGUGAGAAAUUCAGCAAAUAUCAGAUUGUAGGUGGGUUUAUUUUGUACCCUUCACGUUCAUAUUUCACUGUGCAUUUUUGUUGCGUUUCACUUGAUUGUAAAAUAUGUCGAUCGAAAGGGGGUGGGACGUUCAUAUUUUGUCAAUAUUCAGUGUUUUAUCGUUCAUAUAAAAAUUUAAAAUUCCAUUACGUUUUUUAAGGCGGUCUGUCAUAACGUUUUUAGCAUUCAAUCAGACAUUAUUGUGAGGUUUUGUAUUAGUGUUCCUAAAAAUAGAUAUAUCGGCCCCCAGACACAUUUUUUUCUCUAAAUGUGGCCCCCCGAGUCAAAAUAAUUGCCCAGGCCUGAUGUAAAUCGUUUACAUCCGCAAUGUAGUGAAGACGCAAAUUGGAAGCGCGAUGUAGCGAGGGAUGAGUGUACCCCCAAUUUUUUGUUAAAUGUAGUCACAUUCCGCGGCUUUAUUGCUGGCGCGGUAUUUACAAACUACCUUUACAUCCCUGUUGUUCACCAAUUUUGCUUUUGUGUUUAUUUUCUUUGUGGAAUUGCUUUGUUUGUCGGAUCUACAAAAUUGUGCCAUUUGGUGGAAACAUGGCGAGUGGUCCAGCUGUCCACUUGUGAUGAGGUCAUCCCUCGUGUGUGUGAAUGUCGGGCUGCUUUCGUCCUCAGAAUCGCAUUUUAAGAUGUUUAUCUUCCCCUCUGGAUGGUUCUCUGAGCAUUUACCAGUGGAGGAAGUGUUCUCUCUCUUGCUCGUCAAUUUUUUUUUUUUUUUUACUGGAGCUCCUCCCUAUAGCAAUACCCUUCCCACCCAGCGCCACCAAAUGUCCCAUGGAUGUUAACACUGGUUGGACCAGUCGAGCAAGAACGCAGUGCCAUCAUUUACAGCGCAGGAGGAGGAAGGAGGUUGCAGUUGAUUGUUUUAAAGAACAAGGUUUUGUACGUGAGAACGAGGGCGUAUCGGAGGUUUAACGGUGCUUUCCACUCAUCAAUUGCUUCGAAAUUGAACAACUCAAGCCCCGCCCCCCAUAUCCACAUGUGCAGUCUUUCCGGGCCUCGCUUCUCUAAAGUGGACCGGACCGGGAGAUGUUUGAAGACUCAGGUUUUGCAGGAAGUUCCCGUGUAUCGCCCUUUUUGUCCGCGAUGGUCCGCACGCAACCAUCCUAUCCUCCUCAGAGACGAUACGGGUUAUCACGUUAAAGCUCAUUUAACGUGCUCACUACACACACACACGCACCUGAUCACCUUUCGACAUGCGCUUUUUUUUUGCUGGGUUAGGAUUUCGGAAGGUGACUCCGCACCCUUCAGACAACUUGGAUCCACACGGGCUUGUCUUAAUUGUUGAAUGUUUUGGUUUUUUGGCCCCUUACACGCAGUGGAUGAGCGCAAAAAAAAAUGACCUUGUUAAAACAAAUGUAUCAGCCGAUAGUGAGAAUGUCGUCACUGACUGUUAUCUAACGUGCAAAAAAGCCCCUAAGCCACCAUUUAGAUGUGUUGUAUAUCCUCCGGGGAACCAGCGUCCACUGCAGUGGACAUUUGUUAUUAGUCUAUUCCUUUGGUCAGUGUUGCACAAACAAUUGCCGUGGUAUGCAAGUCACAAAUUAGUUUUAUGCUCCCCUCUGGCUAUUUUUUAGGGCCGUGAUUCAAUUCAAUUCUUGAUUCAAAAUCAAUACUUUUUAAUAACAUUGGGUGCCAGUUCUAUGAUUAACUACAUACCUCCAUAAAAUAGAGAAACAGCUGUGACAAAUUUCCAUAUUAAGAAAACUGGUUUUGUUUUUAAUUCAAUUCUAACCAAACAUUUGAUAAAGGUAAAUACAAAUAAGGCAACAAGAGAAUUUUCUAAAGGAAAUCUGUACAGCAAAUAUGAUCAUCUACAUCAGGGGUGUCAAACGUGCGGCCCGAGGGCCGGAUCAGGCCCGCGAACAGGUUUUAUCAGGUUUGCUAAGUAUAAAAAUGAACCUGAAUUUUUUUUACAUAAGAAAUAGCUGUUCUAAAUGUGUCCACUGGAUGUCGCAAUAGCAAUUCUUUGUAGAUGAUGCUACAUAUGUACAAAAUAAACCACGUUAGUACAUCAGUCGAGAAAAAAUUAUCAAACUACAUAAAUAACAUCCUGUAAUUUGAUUUUUGUAUAAUUUUUUUUAUGUUGAUUGAAAAUGAACACCAAUGAUGAACAUUAUCACAUAAUUUAUUCAGAAAAUAUAAAUAAUUUCAAAUAAAAAUAGAAUAAAAUACUAUUACACUGCAAAAACUAAAAUCUAAGUAAGAUUAAAUAUCUCAAAUAAGGGUGAUAUUUGCUUAUUUUCUGUCUGAUAAGAUAAUUCUUCUCACUAAGCAGAUUUUAUGUUAGUGUUUUACUUGUUUCAAGGGUUUUGGUCCGAAAUGAUCUCAGUAAGAUAUUACAGCUUGUAGAUGAGAUUUUAUGAGCUAUAUUGAGUAAAACAUGCUUGAAACUAGAAUAUCAACUGUUGCAAAGCUGUGUCAUCAACACUCACAAGUAUACAACUACUUUUUUAAAGUAAUAAUUUCUUACUUCAAGCAUGAAAAAAAAAAUCAUGAUGCCGAGCGCAUAUCAUUAUGUCAAGAUAAUGGCACUAGCAUUUACUUAUUUAAGAAUAUUUUCAAAAAGGUCAAAAAAAAAUUCUACCAAGAAAAGUGCACUUGUUAUUAGUGAAUAUAAUUAUUUUAAGGUGUUUUGGGGUUCAUUGAGGUUAGCUAAUUUUACUUGUUUUGGAAAGUCUUGACAAGCCACAUUUUCUUGUUCAAUUGGCAGAUAAUUUUGCUUAGUUCAAGUAAAAUAUCCCAAAUUUUAUUUUAUUUUUUUCUUGUUUUUGAACACUGACUUUUUGCAGUGUAACCACUACAGGUAACUGUAAAACAAAAACAUUAUGAUUUGUACAAUUUCAGAAUGUGCUUGUUUUAUUUUUAAACAAGGAAAACAAUCUGAAGUUGUCUUUACUUUUAAGUUAUCGUGCCGUGAUUUUACCAGUCCGGCCCACUUUGGAGUAGAUUUUUCUCCGUGUGGCCCCCCAUCUAAAAUGAGUUUAACACCCCUGAUCUACAUCAACAACAUGAUUUGCCUGAGUGGCUGGACAGGACAGGUUAAAAAAAAUAUAUUUACAAUUUUUUUUUAAUCGAUUAAGAAUCGUUGCAAAUAAGAAUUGCGAUUAAUUCAAAAAUAUAUUUUUUUUUGACAACUACCGUAUUUUUCGGACUAUAAGUCGCUCCGUAGUAUAAGUCGCACCGGCCGAAAAUGCAUAAUAAAGAAGGAAAAAAACAUAUAAGUCGCAUUUUUGGGGACAUUUUUUGAUAAAACCCAACACCAAGAAUAGACAUUUGAAAGGCAAUUUAGAAUAAAUAAAGAAUAGUGAACAACAGGCUGAAUAAGUGUACGUUAUAUGAGGCAUAAAUAACCAACUGAGAAAGUGCCUGGUAUGUUAACGUAACAUACUAUGGUAAGAGUCAUUCAAAUAACUAUAACAUAUAGAACAUGCUAUACGUUUACCAAACAAUCUGUCACUCCUAAUCGCUAAAUCCCAUGAAAUCUUCUUCCUCUGUGUCGCUUCUAAACAACUCUGCAUAUUUCGCUACUUCCAGCUUGUAACCUACAGUAUAUGAUUUCCUUUUCCUUUUCGGUGCCAAUGUUGAAAUGAUCAAUUCUCAUAGGUACGGAAGUAGUAGCAGGAAGCAUCUUUUUUUUCCCACAAUGCACCUCUGCCAUGACCCGCCCCCCCACCAAAUUUUCAUUGGUUAAAGUGUGUGUGUGUGACGAUUGCUGAUAUACGCCUAGUCUCUUGAGUGAACGAGAUAAAUAAUAUUAUGUGAUAUUUUACGGUAAUGUGUUAAUAAUUUCACACACAAAUCGCUCCAGAGUAUAAAUCGCACCCCCCGGCCAAACUAUGAAAAAAACUGCGAUUUAUAAUCCGAAAAAUACGGUAUUAUUUUUCCCUUCGAAAUGUAUCCCUCUUACAAAAGGAACCACAAAAACGUCAACACGCACCCCAUGGUCUCAAUGCAGCAUUCGUCUUAUUUUUGUAUAUACCAGCGUCCUCUACAGUGGACAUUUGAUUUUAGUCUUUUUAUUUUUUCCGAGUUACAGGAGCGAUCCGCUGUCAAAGAUCAUCUCUAUGACAGCACUCUCGUGUUUUUGAGAACCUACUGCAAAAAAUGUGGGUCCCUUACUUACCAGUUGAAUAGCCCAAAUGGUGAAAAAGAGAGGACCUAAAAGGGAACCUUGAGGAACACCACUAGUGUAACUAAAGAAGUUGAUGACUACUGACUUCACCUGCAGUAAACAAGAUACAGCAACACCUUAGUUACAUAAAAUACGAUACAAAAAAAAUAAAUGGGAGAGGACUUAAAGCGGUGCCUUGAGGAACGCCUCAGUUAUAUUUCCUCUAUUUGUUAGCAGGUGUUCAAACAUGUCCAAGGGAAUUUGCUGCAAAAAUGUUUGUCUCACAAGUUUUGAACAGGCGUUCUUUUGAAGCCUGUGCAUCUUGGUUUUGUUUUUGCGUUACCCGGCUAGCUGUCUGUGUCCUACUAUUUGCCGAGUCGACAUCGUGGUGGCCCAAGGCUUUUUUGCACAAUAAUGUACGUUUUUUUAUUUUUGCAAAACAACACAGAUGCGCACAAAUUUGAAUAUAGAAACAUACCAAAAUCCCCGUCGGCCCAAUGUGGUUGUAGCAUUAAAUUGACUUGUCUUGCCACACUGAAGUGGUUGGAAUGAGUAGUUUCCUUGUCGAUUAUACACAGCCGCUCGUCAUCCCACUCGCAGUACGGCUCUUUGUCUCGUUUGAUGCCGUUUUGUUGUUUUUUUUCCAUUUGUAUUCUCUGCACUUUAGCGCUGCGUGGGAAGCGAUGGGGUUGUGGAACAGAUUGCAGUCCAGGCUGCGUGAGGAAUGGUUGACUUUGAGUGGAUGUUUUUUUUGUUUUUUUUUAAAGGCAAAGAAAGGAGGAGAAUGCCGGGUGGAGGCGGGUGAUGUGGAAGGGACCGUAGCGAAACGUAACAGUUUUUUUCUUUGAACGUGUGCAAAACAAAGAGAACUACUUGGGGACAGUUUUCCACACACUUUGCCCUUCCACGCUUUUUUUUUAUCUGCAAUACAUUCUUUUUUUUGUUUGUUUUGUUUGUUCAAAUUGCCGGAUUAUACUCCUCCUCCUUUCUUUGCUUCAUAGAAUGCACUUUCUACUAAAAUUCUUGGCUAGUUGCGAAAAAUAACAUUGUAUAUUCUAAGAUGUUUUAAAACAGCAAACAACAGAUAAAUCAUUAUUAUACUUCCCCCCUUGCCCCUACUUUGUAUUUCUAACCACUUAAUGUAGCAUUAUUGUGUAUUUUAUUAUUAUUGUUGUAUCUGGUACAAAAUGUGCAGCUUUAUAAGGUUUGUCUCUUCUUCUUUUUUUUUCUUUUUUUUUUGGUAUGUUCUCUGGAGAUUUGAGAAGUUGGGCCUUUUUUUUGAUAAUGUACAUUUAACUGACUGCUAACUUUAAAGUAAAAACCAGUAGCCACGAGACUCUC